AUGAUGAAGUCGGUAUUGAUCGCAGCGCUCUUCGGCACGGCCCUGUCCUCGCCCGUGGUGGCGGCCGACGACCCGGUUUCCACGCCCUCGCCGACAACGCUCCAGGACGGGGCCUACUGGAUCCGCGCUGUGGUGCCGCCCAACUACCAUAAGUACCUCCAGACGAUCCCGGCCAACGUGCCCGGGACGGCGCUGCUCGAGUCGCACACCACCGCAGGCCAGUUCCAGAUCGAGAGCGGCCAGCUGGUCAACAAGGUGUCCAACCCGCCGCUGUACAUGUGGGUAGAGGAGCCCGCCGACAAGGCCAACCCACCGCGCACGCUGGCCACCUCGUUCAAAACUACCAAGAGCACCUUCGGCACCUUUGCCUGGCAGGGCGACACCCUGACCUGGUCGCACCCGGACGUCAAGCGCCAGAAUGUCGGCGCCUGGUUGGUGUGCGCCAACCAGGCCCUGUUCAUCAACACGGGCGCGUAUGGCUACCAGACACCCUCGGGAUGCGCUGAUCAAACGAUCCACUACUACAACGACAAGACGGCCAACAACUAG